ACACAAUUCGCCUCAUUUUUACUCUCUCUUUCUCUCUUUUUCUCUCCCCCCUCCCUCUCUCUGUUUAACCAAAAACCCUAACCCUAAUUUUCUUUCCGAAAAUAAAAACCACUCCUUUUUGUUCCAUGGAUUCUCAGCAAAACAACCUAUUCGAAACCGCAUCGCAGCCGGAUACGGGGACCGACGCCUACACCUUCCUCGAAUUCAACACACAAGGCGAGUCCGAUUUCGACGCCUAUCCAGAAUUUCGUUCGCCGGUAUCCUGGCCCACGCCUUCCGAUUCUCUCUCGGUGGACCCCGCUUCCACGCCGACUCCUACCACCCCAACGACCCCCUCCGAUUCACGCGGUGCACCUCCCUCCUCCGAUCACCACCACCACCACAAUCACCACCACAAUCACCACCGACACUCCGAUUCUCUUGCCGCCACAUCAUCCCCUUCUAAAAGAGGAGCCAACAAUAACAGUAAUAACAAUAAUAGCAUUAGUACCAGUAGUAGUCAGAUUGUGGACGGGCUUGCGGCAUUGAGUUUCGAGGAAACGGGUGAUGACGGGGAGGGGUUCGAGUAUGGAAAAGCAGAUUUCACGGAGCACGCUUGUCGGUACUGUGGGGUCUCGAACCCGGCUUGUGUUGUACGGUGCAAUGUCCCGUCAUGUCGUAAGUGGUUCUGUAAUUCCAGAGGCAACACCUCCGGCUCACACAUCGUCAAUCAUCUGGUUCGAGCAAAACACAAGGAAGUCUGCCUACAUAAGGACAGUCCUUUGGGAGAGACUAUCCUUGAGUGCUACAACUGUGGCUGCCGAAAUGUAUUCCUUCUUGGAUUUAUAUCAGCUAAGACGGAGAGUGUUGUUGUUCUUCUCUGUAGGGAACCUUGCUUGAAUGUAAAUGCAUUGAAGGACAUGAAUUGGGAUCUGAGUCAGUGGUGCCCCUUGAUUGAUGAUAGGUGUUUCUUGCAAUGGCUUGUUAAGACUUGCUAACAUGUUUGCUCUUCACAAAUCCCAUCUGAGCAGGAGCAGUUGAGGGCACGUCAGAUCAGUGCUUAACAAAUUAACAAGGUAGAGGAACUUUGGAAGACAAAUCCUGAUGCUACCCUUGAAGAUCUUGGGAAGCCUGGUGUGGAUGAUGAACCUGAACCUGAACCUGUGGCCUUGAAGUAUGAAGAUGCAUAUCAGUAUCAAAAUGUAUUUGCACCACUUAUUAAGCAUGAAGCUGACUAUGAUAAAAUGAUGAAAGAAUCCCAAAGCAAGGACAAUGUCACUAUUCGAUGGGAUAUUGGUCUUAACAAGAAAUGUAUUGCAUAUUUUGUAUUUCCAAAGGUGCUUCACUGCUUUGAAGACAAUGAGUUACGGUUGCUAGCUGUUUUAAUUUUAUCAUUUUUUUUUCANGAUGAGUUGAGGUUGCGUUAUUCCGGGGAUGCAGCUCAUCCAGCAUGGCAGUCAGUUGGGCAUGUGAUCAAGCUAACUGCACAAGAGGAGGUUGCACUUGAGCUUCGUGCGAGUCAGGGGGUUCCUGUUGAUAUAAAUCAUGGGUUCAGUGUUGAUUUUGUGUGGAAGAGCACAAGCUUUGAUAGGAUGCAGGGGGCGAUGAAAACUUUUGCCGUUGAUGAAACAAGUGUUAGUGGGUAUAUUUACCACCACUUGUUGGGCCAUGAAGUUGAGGUUCAGAUGGUUCGCAAUACACUGCCUCGUCGUUUUGGUGCACCUGGUCUUCCAGAGCUGAAUGCAUCGCAAGUUUUUGCUGUAAAGAGUGUCCUUCAGAGGCCUAUAAGCUUAAUUCAAGGGCCACCGGGCACAGGGAAAACUGUCACUUCGGCAGCUAUUGUAUACCACAUGGCCAAGCAGGGCCAAGGGCAGGUUUUGGUGUGUGCACCAAGCAAUGUUGCUGUUGAUCAGCUAGCUGAAAAGAUAAGUGCCACUGGGUUAAAGGUUGUUAGACUUUGUGCCAAAUCAAGGGAAGCUGUGAGCUCUCCAGUUGAGCAUUUAACCCUUCAUUAUCAGGUUCGUCAUCUUGACACAUCCGAGAAGAGUGAACUUCACAAGUUACAACAAUUGAAAGAUGAACAAGGGGAGUUGUCGAGCAGUGAUGAGAAAAAAUACAAAGCACUCAAGCGGGCAACAGAGAGGGAAAUUUCACAGAGUGCUGAUGUCAUUUGUUGCACAUGUGUUGGUGCGGGAGAUCCUCGAUUGGCAAAUUUUAGGUUCCGCCAGGUACUUAUUGAUGAGUCUACUCAGGCAACAGAACCUGAGUGUCUUAUUCCUUUGGUUCUUGGGGCGAAACAGGUUGUUCUUGUUGGUGAUCAUUGCCAACUCGGUCCAGUCAUUAUGUGCAAGAAAGCAGCUCGUGCUGGGCUUGCCCAGUCUCUUUUUGAACGCCUUGUUUUACUUGGUUUAAAACCAAUUAGAUUGCAGGUGAAGAUUCCAGUUGUUAGUUCAAACCGCAUGCACCCUUGCCUGUCUGAAUUUCCUUAAAGCUUCUAUGAAGGCACACUACAAAAUGGUGUGACUAUUAAUGAGAGGCAAUCAUCAGGAAGAUUUCCGUGGCCUGUGCCAAAUCGUCUGUUCUUUUAUGUACAGAUGGGACAAGAGGAGAUUAGUGCCAGUGGAACGUCCUAUCUAAAUCGGACUGAGGCCGCAAAUGUUGAGAAAAUUGUAACUACUUUCUUAAGGAGUGGGGUGGUCCCUAGCCAGAUUGGGGUGAUAACGCCAUACGAGGGACAGAGAGCAUAUAUUGUGAACUAUAUGUCAAGGAAUGGUGCUCUCAGACAACAACUGUACAAGGAAAUUGAGGUUGCAAGUGUUGAUUCAUUUCAAGGAAGAGAGAAAGAUUACAUUAUUUUGUCUUGUGUGAGGAGUAAUGAACAUCAGGGUAUUGGAUUCCUUAAUGAUCCUCGUAGGCUGAAUGUUGCUCUAACACGUGCUCGAUAUGGUAUCGUUAUUCUGGGAAACCCUAAAGUUCUGAGCAAACAGCCACUUUGGAAUGGCUUAUUGACACACUACAAGGAGCACGAGUGCUUGGUUGAGGGGCCUCUAAAUAACUUAAAGCAAAGUAUGGUUCAAUUUCAGAAGCCCAAAAAGAUUUACAAUGAUCGAAGACUUUACUUUGGUGGUGGUGGGCCUGGAAUUGUGUCUAAUGAUAUCUCAUCAUCCAGCCCAAAUGUUGAUAGAAGAGGCGGUCGUGGUAGGGGGUCAUAUAUGCCUCCUGUGCCACCUAAUGGUACUCAUAAACCUGUAGUACAUCCUGCAGGUUUCCCUAUGCCUCGUGUGCCCCUUCCACCAUUUCAGGGUGGUCCCCCUUCUCAACCAUAUGCUAUUCCAACUCGUGGAGCUGUACAUGGACCAGUUGGAGCUGUUCCUCAUGUCCCUCAACCGGGAAGUCGGGGUUUUGGGGCUGGGCGUGGUAAUGCUGGCGCUCCAAUCGGCAGUCAUCUCCAGCACCAGCAAACCUCUCAGCAAUCAAUUGGAACUAUUGGUUCUACUUUCAACUUUCCAUCUCUUGAGAAUCCAAAUAGCCAACCAUCUGUGGGUGGUCCUUUGACACAACCUGGAUUUGUUAAUAAUAUGCCAGUUCAAGGGGCUAGUCAAACUUUCCGUGAUGGAUUUUCCAUGGGAGGCAUGUCUCAGGACUUCUUGGGUGAUGACUUCAAAAGCCAGGGAUCACAUGUUCCUUAUAAUGUUGCUGACUUCUCUACUCAGGCUUCACAAAGUGGCUAUACUGUUGACUAUGUUACACAAGGAGCUCAGAGUGGAUUUCCUGGCAACUUCUUGAACCAGAAUUCUCAAGCUGGAUAUUCUCGUUUUGGUUCUGGGAAUGAUUUCAUGUCUCAGGACUACAUGGCUCACGGAUCACAAGGUUUAUUUACUCAAGUUGGCUUUAAUGACCCCACACAAGAUGAAGCAUCGCAGAGCCACUUUGGUGUAACCAAUCCCAAUCAACUUCAGUCUCAGGGAUUGAUGAAUUCUCUGUAUUCCCAGCCCUUUGCCCACUACAACACUCAACCACUAAAUUUGCAGGCUUCACAGCAGCAGCCACAACCGGGCCAGGGCUCACAAAACCAGAAAGUCCACUAUAAUGGUUGAGAGGCUGUAGGUGCUUUGGAAUAUGAUGGGUUAUAUUCUUUGCAUUCAGCAACUUGGUUUGUGCUGUCAUGUGUGCCCAAAUAUAUCUGCCUUUAAGUGCAGGCUUGCGACAAAUCAUCUCUACAACCUGUAGAGAUGAUUUCCAUGUGGGAAUAAAUAUAUUCUCAGCCAGUGACUGUGGUUGAUGGGUGUGUGCGCAAAAAUGGGUGGCACAUCAAGGGCUGAGAAAGAAAAAGGAUAACCCCGAUUACCUGAUUGAAGUUUUCUAUUGUUUUGA